AUGGAUCGACCCGACGAUGAUGCGCUUGCCUCCGCUCCCUCCCCGAGCCCAGCUGUUUCUCCUGUCGCAACACAAAAUGACCCCCUGCCCAAGCAAGAUCGCUCCAAUGCGAACCUGGCAAAGGAGGCGAUGGAUCACGCCCUCGAAUUCUUCUCGACCUCCAGUAAUGAGACUAUCAUUGGCGUCUUUGCUCUCUUGAUGCUGGGAACCUACAUAAUCCUGGGGCGACUCGGCUUACUACUGAUCGGUAUUGCCCUGGGGGUCAUUCUGCACGCGUCAUUGGAAGGGACCUUCCAGGAUGGCAACAACGAGGAACCCAAUACGCCCAGGAAACGAAAAGAACUAGCCCUGGAGGUUUCCCACAGGCUCUUGGAGUGGCCCAAGCGAACGACGUCCGUCAGCGUUGACACUGGGAAUGACGGUGGGGCAAUUGCUUCCCCAGAAGAUCUCUCUUCUAUGGAUCUGGAGUAUUCAACGUUUCGACCAGCUACUGCUGCCGCCCUGAAAUCGCUCACGGACGCGGUCAUCAAAGACUAUGUCAAGUAUUGGUAUGAACCGAUCCUACCAAGUGAAUCUGUGUUCCCUGGCUCUUGUCAAAGGAUAUUUACCCAUUUUAUCUUAACGAUGUCAUCUCAUCUCUCUCACAAAAGGACGGAGGACACUUUCCUGCAGUUCCUCACGAACUCAUCCUCUAUAAUCAUUGUAUUCCUGAACGAACUAGCCGCUGCGUUUGCUGCUUCAGGAAAAUCGUCAGAGGAUGCCAAAAUCAUUGUCGACCAGUACCUCAAGGACUCUCCCGACAGUAGCCUCGCCAAUGUCCUGUCAGAGGUUCAGCAGCGGAAGAAGCUCAAUAUGAUUGCGGAUGAUAUAUUGUCGAACUAUCUUGACGCUAAAGCAUAUAAUUGUCCCCCAGUCCGGGAUUUUCUUAGAGAAGUCUUCGCUGGCGUCGUGCUCGAAUCUACGGUCAUCAGUCUCGCUCGCCCGGAAUUCAUAAAUGAUUGGAUAAUCUACCUUCUCGAAGACGGUGAAUCGGAGAUUAUGCAUGCCAUCGAUGCUGGCGUUGAAGGUGCACGGAACCAGGGCGUGGCUGCUUCCAAGACUGUGGAGAGUACAAAGAACUUGACUACAGAAUCCACGCAGGAACAAUCCAAUGAACGGCACUCAAAUCAAACUGAUAGGGCAACAGAGGAAGCCUUGAUCGAGGCGAAGCGCCUGAGUGCUAUGAUUGCAUCUCAAGACGAGCAAGGGGUGACCCAUAUCCAAUCUGCUCAACCCGACCAGACAGAAUUACAUGAGAUGAUUGAAAAGGGUAUUGAUCCAUCCAUCGAAACUCCGAAUGAUGACACAAAAUUGAAUUUGCGAGCAUCAGCAGAUGCUGCAACCCCUGAGCCGCUAGCACUUUCCGUUUCUUCAGAAGCACCGGCAGCUUCCGAAGCCCCUUCUAAAGAUGAUGGCACUGCUUCGUUGAGCCUUCAUGGUGCCCAGGUCCUAGUGGAUGAUGACUCCGCGGCGACAGAUAAGGGAGUUGUAAAGUCACGACCUACGUGGGAUUACCUCCUCCAGGUUGAGCCAACGUCAGCUCGGUCCACUGGCUGGAUGGUGUUUCGAAAUUAUUCCGACUUCCAGUCUCUUCAUGAGAUGAUAGAGACAGUCUCAAGAUUGAAUCGCAUCCAGAGCUUUUCGGACAAGUUCCCAAUGCUACCACCAUGGAAAGGCAGAACACGGCAGGAGCUUGCUCGUGACCUAGAAAGAUAUCUACAAGAAGCCGUGAAGCACGAAUCUCUCGCCAAUACCGACCGCAUGCGGCGCUUCCUGGAGAAAGAAGUGAGCUCCACUGAAGCAAGUGCCUCCAAGUCUGGAUUCUCCUUCCCUAGCCAGAGCGCAUUUGAAAACAUGGGCAAAGGAGUUUUGGGUGCACUGACCAAUGCCCCCAAAGGAGUUGCUGGAGGCGGUCGUGCGAUGUUUGACGGUGUGACUGGUGUAUUUGGAGGCGUUGGCCAUAGCCGAAAGCCGACAAAUUCCACAAAUCGACAGUCACUUCACCAGAAGAAUCUGUCAAACGCCAGCCUUGAUGUCCCUUCCGGUGCUCUCCCUGCUAACGGCCUGGGUCGUGUCACUUCUUCUCCCACAGGCCUGAAGGCUGACGAUAGCUCUGCUCCUAGCAGAGUGAGUGGGGAAGAGGACAUCCAUACGCUUGUGUCCUCGCCCAUUGCAUCUUCUGUGGAUCCGUCAAAGGAAGAUAAGGCUGAAUCACGAGCGUCUCGCGACACUGGCAGCGAUGCUAAUCUGACAGCUGAUGAGCAGGAGGCGUGGGCCUCUGAAUCAACGGCAGUACCUUCCAAUGGUGUCAACGCUCUUGGACCAACAAGCAGUCAAGAAACUUUUCAGACAACCAAAGACUAUCAAUUACCUUCGCUCAACACUCAAACCGGAGGAGAAACCGAUAUAGCCACUGAAAGCACCCCCCAAAGCCUGCAACGACGUCGAAACCCCAUCACGGCGGAUGAAACCCAAAUCGCGGUGGAGCUCAUAUUUGCCGUGAUCAACGAGCUCUACACUCUGUCAUCUGCUUGGAACAUCCGCCGCACCCUCUUGAAUGCGGCGAAAUCAUACAUCCUGCGCCCCGGUAGUCCGACUCUAGAAACUAUUCGUGACCUGCUACAGGACUCAAUGAUUGAAAGUCAUACAUCGGACGAUGCACUCGGGGAAUACUUAAAAAAGCUUCGUGAGAAUUCUCUCCCAACUGAAGCCGAAUUAAAGGCUUGGCCGGCGCCUCCCAGUGAGGAAGAGAAAGCACAACUGCGAGAAAAGGCACGUCGAUUGUUUGUGCAAAGAGGAAUCCCCCAGGCCCUCACCAGCGUUAUGGGUGCCGCCGCCAGUCGAGAAGCUCUCGAAAAGAUCUUUGAUAGCCUUCAAGUGGAAACUGUUGCCCGGGGGUUCGUUUUUUCGUUGCUGCUGCAGGGGCUGCGCGUGUUGACACUCUGA